AAAGGUUCAAUUAUUGGCCAUUCUCUCAACUGCACAGAGCGUGUGCAGGACACAAGCGGAAAAUGGCCGGCUCUUUGGGCAACCCCUUGUGUGUGUUUUGUAGCUAGGUGGCAGUGAUAAUGGGUAUCAUAUUGUUUUUGGUAGAUACGAGCGCUUCCAUGAACCAAAAGACCUACUUAGGUACCUCAUGUCUGGAUGUAGCCAAGGUAGCAAUAGAAACAUUCAUGAAGUAUCGUAUGAGGGAUCCGGCCAGCAGAGGGGACCGCUAUAUGUUAGUGUCUUUUGAUGAACCCCCAAAUGCCGUUAAGGCUGGCUGGAAGGAGAAUCAUGCUACCUUUGUGAGCCAACUCAAGACUCUGGAGGCAACUGGACUAUCAACAUUUGGUCGCUCCCUCAAAGAAGCUUUUGAUCUGCUCAAUAUCCAUCGACUCCACACAAGCAUAGACCACUAUGGACAGGGCAGGAAUCCAUUCUACCUGGAGCCAGCUGUGAUCAUAGCUCUGACGGAUGGUGGGAAGCUCAGCAAUGAAGCCUGUGUAGAGAGAGAGCUGGCUCUACCCAUGCACCACGGCUCUAGUGAGGGAAGGGAGUUGACCAAGGAACCAUUCCGGUGGGAUCAAAGACUAUUCUCCAUUCUCCUCCAGCUCCCUGGACUAUCUGGUGGUGUAGAGGUGACCUCUGAGAGCUGCCAUGUGUCCGCCAUGUGUGAGGCUACUGGAGGGAAGAGCUAUGUUGUGACUAGUCAUAAGUCCUUGGUGCAGAGUAUGGAAUCACUCACACAGAAACUGCAUCCAGGAGUCGUGGUUAACUUUCAGAAGACGAGUGUUUUGAAUGGCCAGUCAGAACCUAUUCCCAUGGAACUGGAUGGGGAUGACAGUAAUGACAGGGACAGUCUCCUGCUCUCCACUGACUGGCACAACACUAGGAAGAUGCUGUAUGUUAAGAGCAACCCUAAGACUAAUGUACCCUCUGGAUUCUGGCCUAUUCCUGAGGAGUUCUGGGCAGACCUCACUAGCACUGCACUCACACCUCGUGACGCUCACCCCGUCGUGUGGUUUGAUCCUAUUGACAAAGAUCCAAUGCUUGUGGAAAAUUUUCCCUUUGAUAAAUAUGAAUUAGAGCCAUCUCCGCUGACUCAGCACAUCCUCUCUCGCAGGACACCCAAUCACUGCUGGCAGGUGUACAUAUCCAACAGCAGCAGGACUAAUGGACUAGUACACUCGUUUGGUUACCUCAAGGCCAGCAGCAGUCUAACACAUGUCACACUGUUUGUGAUGCCCUUCAACUACCCUCACCUCCUGCCCCUCAUAGAGGAGCUGACUAGAUCCCGGAUGAGACCUUCUCCUAAGUGGAGGGCAGAGUUUGCUGAAUACAUAGCCUCUGUGCCUAGCUACUAUGCAGCACCGCUACGCAAUGCUCUGCGAUUGAUGGGAGCUCCGGGUAACCUCAUCACGGAAUCAUUUGAUGGGCAGAUGAGCUAUUCUGUUACUAGCUAUCUCAGGAAACUUAAGAAGCAGGCCAAGGCUGAGAGUGAGAGGGUAGUGAUAGCUGUGAGUAAGAGCAAAGUACCACAACUGCCUGAUAAGAAGCUUCCAGUCAUUGUUGAGUUGGGUGAUGGUGUGAGUAUGGCCAUAGGCUCCACAGACGAGGGACUUACCUCACAGAGCUUCAGGAAUCCAUUUGAUAUCACUCGCACUGGACUCCUCCCUCAGAUACUGCGCAUGAGAACCAACCUCCUCCACACAACACCCACCACACCCAAUCUCAUACAAGAAAUUCAUAAGCACGAGUUGCCAGUGGGCCAGAUGGGCAACUAUCAAGAGCACCUGAAGCGCGUCAGUCCUCUGAGGGAGUUGGGCUCUGGGGCUGUUCGGACACAACUGUUUGGAAACCCCUUCAAAUUAGAGAGACCUGCAGAUAGCAAGUUAAAGGUGGACGAAGGUCUCGAUGUGUUUGCUGAUGAGCAUAUGGUGGAAAUGAAUAAACGAAUUCUCCCUCGUGAGAAGCGCCGCUCCCGCCCCCUCACUCCACCCAGAGUCAACAAGACAUCACCUCCCACAGAGGAUGAAAUGCCCCCCACAUUGCAAGCAGAACCAACCAAUCACAAUGAAGAACAACUGCCUGUGUUUGUGUCUACCUCCCUACCUGAAGAGCCAGUGGAUAAGACUCCAGUGGACAAGACUCCAGUGGACAAGACUCCAGUGGAUAAGACUCCAAUGGACAAGACUCCAGUGGAUAAGACUACUCCAGUGGAUAAGGAUAAGACUCCAAUGGACAAGACUACUCUAGUGGACAAGACUACUCCAGUGGAUAAGACUACUCUAGUGGACAAACUGACAAGCAGCUCACGCAAGAGAGAGAGGACUCCCUCCCCCACAUACAACACUUCCAAGAGACCUGCUCUCUCUAACAGUAGCCUCACUAAGUUCACCAGCUCAGCACUACCAGGGUCAAAGGUCACUGCAGGGGUCAAGUCGUAUGCAUCAAAAGUGCUGACUGAGGAGCUACAGAAACAACAAGGUGUGGAGAAUAGUCGCCUCAAGUCCCUCAUAGUGAAGGAGGUCAGGAAACCAGGGAAAAACUAUGAUGUCAUAUUGGGUAAUCUGGAUGGUGUGCGUGGAUCAAUGGAGUUACGAGAAGCUUUUGUGGCAGAGGUGAUAAAGGAGGCAACAAAGUUCAAGAAGUGGAAGCUGGUUGAGCAACUAGAGCAUUGGACCAACUCUCUCAAGGCAUCGGCUCCUCUUAAGAAUGAUUCCAGCAAACCACUCAAAUUGAAACAUUCUCAAAGACUUUAUAACUAACAAAUUCUGUACAGAUUUAAUUUGUGCAAUAAUUUAUAUAAUUAUAAUAAUUAAUUGUCAAUAAUAAUUA